AUGUCUGAAUCGGAGGAUGUCCAAGCGUUUUGGGAUGUUCCUGUAUUCGCACAACAGCAGGAAGUCAGAGCGAAUAGAAUAGAUGCCCGAAUUGUGAACUACAAGACCAAGGAACUUAUUGCGCUCGAUAUAAGUUGCCCUUGGGUGGGUAAUCGUGAUAAGAAGAAUAUCGAGAAGACCAUGAAGUACGGUCCCUUAAAGUGGGAGCUAACGCAACAAUAUCCGGGUUAUGACGUGAAACAGCUUAACUGUAUCAUGGACGCACUCGGGGGAUGGUCGAAGGAUUUGGACGCCACUAUUCAGUCACUGUUGGGAACAAAAAGCAGAGAGGUGCUGUGUAGAAUGAAAAAGGCACUGCUAUCAGCCACAUUGAACAUUGCUCGAACCUUCAAAAUUGUAACUUGA